AUGCCCCCUUCACUGAUCUAUCACUCCCUUAAUCCCACUUUGUACCCCACCAAUAACGCCAGUGAAACUUUGUUGGUAGUCCGAUUCAAUGGACCGACGAGGAUAAGCAGUGUAAGGAUCAUACCUGAAGGAGUGGGAAUUGGUAAUUUAGCUGGUCAAGGUGUAGAUGAGAAGGGGAACGUAGGUACCACCUACCCUCCGCAAUUCACCGCUCAAUUGCUAUUCAACAUCUCACCGUCAAACCCCGUCAACGCACUGGCAAGGUCGACGAUCGAGGUGGUUCCUUGUGAACAUGCGUUGGAUUAUCCUAUUGGUAUGCCCAUAGGGGUGACAACCCGAAUGAUGAUGUUACGUUCACCCGCUCAGAAACUCAGUUUAUCGGUAUAUGGAUAUCAAGGGGACUCGUUGAACACUGAAGAAGAGCAAACUCAAGUAACUAUAACACAAGCACAACCUGUCCACUCGGCUCGACAGACGAAGAAGGUGGACGAAGAUUUCUCAUGGUUAUAUACCUGGUCUGGACCAUCACCUUGUUCCCUCUUUUCCUUACUUGACGAAUCGGUCCCUCUACAAAUUUCAAAUCGAGCUAUAGAAUGUUUGACACUCCUUGAUCAAGUCCAAGCACAAUCUCAAGCUCAACCUGGCGCAACAUCACCCUCCGUCAUAUCACUACUACUAGAUGAACCUACAGCUUUAAAAUACAUCAUGACCAUCGACUCUCUUUCGGCAGUACCUCUGAAAGACAGGAUCUUUUCCGAUCCUGAAUCUGCUCUACAUCCCAAUAUCUCACCAUACCUUCCUAAAGACCAUCCACUCGCAGUGAUGAGUAAAGCUACAACGACAGAAGAACGUCACUCUCUGGCUAUGAAGAAUCUAUCGACAUCAGUGUCAGAAUCAGGUCUGGGUGUAGGUACACUGAUAGCUCUUCAAGAUAUAUCCGAGCACGAAUUACUGAAUGUGGAAACAGGAAAGGAGAAAAGUAAUCUCAUGAGACUGAUGGAACUUGCAAACGACUUGAUAUCGAAAAUUGAUAAGGGCAUCGAGCAAGAUGAUACAAUUGGAUGUUUAGGGAAGAUAUUAGAUAUUUUGAAUAAAUCAUUUAGACAUGAGGGAUUGAACGGAUAUCUUAUAAGGAAUUUACCUAGAUUGGUAGUUUGUUAUAAUCUCAAAAUGGCUGACGGUAAAAGAGAAUUGGGAAUUCCAUUGGACUACUCACACGAAGUCAUCGGGUCGUUGGGGGAAAUUAGAACUGAGAUCAUAGAUGGACGAUCUACCAAAUCGAUCUGCGAUGAAUUGGCUGGAAAGUAUCUGGACAAGGUAGAUGACGAAGAUCCUUUAAAGAAGAUUUUCACCAAUGAAUCGUCAACACAAACAUUGUCUCAAGAUCUAGAGACAGAUAUCGAGGUAGAUGCAGAUCAAAGGAGAUUCAAUAGAUUGUCGCAAUCCCUCCUCACCUCCUCUUUCAACUCUUCCUCGUUGAUACAUAGUAUAACACCCUCCGAGCUCAUUUCCCUCCUAUCACCAGAAUUAUACAAAUCCCUAUCUACAAGUCGAACGCCUCCUUUCGGUAUAAUUCCCUCUGUUCAGUCGUCGGAGAUGGAACAAGGGGCGAAAUCUUUCGCUGGGAAAGUAUAUACUCAUCAUGAAUUUAGGAGAGAUAGGAAUGAUCCUUCUUCUUCAGUUGGAUCCGGGUAUGGGUUGGGAAUCAGCGGGGCGAACAUGGGAGGUAUGGGAGGACUUGGGGUUGUAAGUAGUGCUGGAGGAGGGGGGAGGGCUGCUAGUAGACAUGUUGAUAGUUGGACAAGAUAG